AUGGAAUCUUCGAACACUUUGCGCCUGCGGAGGAGGUCUUCUGCGAGCUCGGCCGCGUCGGAGAUUUUCCGUUUGGGCGGCUGGAGUCCGGGGUCUUGGUGCUCGCGAGCCUCGCGGAGGAUCUGCUCCGCCGUGAUUUGGAUUUCCGAUGGGGUUUUGUUCUUCGCGCGGCCAGAUAUGAUCAUCACUCUUCCCGCCAUUGCUGGUUUGGGGCUGGCGACUAAUGUGAAGAAUGGCCCAAGUUCCUCAUCUCACAAUAUUCCACCCGUUAAAUUUGUUUUGUUCCGCUUGAAUCUGCUUGUUCUUUGGUCUGUUCUGCAAGGGAGAACUUCUUGA